AUGCCUAAUCUUAAGCAAGCGCUCAAGCUGGAACGGGUCGAGUCGUCGGCCCAGGAGGGGCCGUUCAGGUUCAAGGCUGAGUUGUCGGUGGUUUGGACUGUUGGUGGGUGAGUGAUGGGACCUGCGAGGGUGGUUGAUUUUACAGGCAAAGAUUUUUAAGCUGAUUCAACCUGGUCACAUCUUCCCGUGCUCGACUACAUUCCUUCCCCCACCCCCUCUCAAUCGGAAUUUUUCCCGUCCGCCGAUCGGCGAUCUCAGCAAACCGCACGGCGGCUACCUCCUAGCCCUCAUCACAUCCGCUUGUUCGCUCGUCAUGAAAGACUCUACCACUCCCGAUCCGGCGCAAUUGAUGACGAGUUUCUUGAUGGGGUGUAAUAAUGGUGCGGCCGAGGUCGUCGUUACGGUCGUUAGGAGGGGCAAGAGUUGGACGAAUUUGGAAGCGAGGAUCGUUCAGGAUGUGAGUACGGUGAUUGCGUGUUCGUGGCUAAAGUAUGUGAGAGAAGGUGUACUGACCAGGUUUUUCCCGCCAUUCGUUCAUGCCCGAUCGUGUGCAGGGCAAAACGACCGUCGUUUCACAAGCGCUCUACACGUCCUUCCCCUCGCUGCCCACUUCUUGCCCCCACCCACCCUUCUCCACCUCGAACCAAUAUCUCCUCCCUCUCACCCCCUCGCCCUACGCGAAACGCAUACCCCAUCUCACUCACCCCUCCCUCUGCGAUCCCCAAGCCGCCCACGCACGUAAACACGACGAAUUCGGUCGCCGUUGGGGCAAGAAUGAGAAUUCGGCCAUGUUCAUGAUCGCUGAAGGGGAGAUGGAAUGGGUUGAGGAUGAACAGAUCAAGAAGAGGAGGGAGGAGGGGGAUGAGAGGGGGAGGAAGGAGUUGGAAUGGGCCAGUUGGGUCGAGUUCAAGGAUUUGGACGGGGAGGCUUUGAACAUGGAUAUGAUGCCUGUGAGUAAAGGGGUAGUGGAGAGGCAGGCGUGAGGAGAUCAUCGGUGGCUGGGGAGCUGACUAUUUACUUCUACGUUGUCCUGGGGGCAUUACUGGUUCGGCUCACAGUUCUUCUCAGACAUCAUGUCUUCCAUUCCGGAACUGUUGCCACCGGGUGAAAGGGUCGACCCUCAGUGCGUGUGACCUUGCAAGCCGUCCGACGAGAAAGGCGAAAUUCUCUUCCGAGGAAUGCUGAUCGAAUUUGCUUCCACACAGCUACUAUCCAACCUUGACCAUGUCGAUUCAUUUCCACACCAAACUCCCCUUCCCUUCCAAUUCGCCCUACCUCUUCUCCCCCAAAACCGUCGGCGUCUAUUCAACAGGCCACCACAUUAAAGCCGGUCGACACGAACAAUUGACCGAGGUGUGGACCGCGCCUUCCGCAUUGGGUCAGGGGGAUGUGCAACAAGGGUGGAGGGAAAGGAGCAUGUUGUUGAUCACGGGCACGCAGUUGGCGGUUAGUGUCGAUAUUCAGAAGAUCUUUGGGGGCAACUUUGGGAAGAUGUGA